AUGUACAAAGGCAAAGAUCUUCUGCUCUCACCAGAUACCUUUAAUGAUCCGAUAUUUAGCACCCAUCUGCGCUGCUUUCGCUGGUAUGGCUAUGUUUCUUCGCGGAAUCAGCGCAAUCCUUGGCUGCAUCUACUGCGCUGCACCAUCUUUACGGCCUCGAUCUGGUUGAGCUGUGUUUUGCUGCUAGCCCGCGUAGUUCGUGGCUAUGAUAAUCUAAACGAUGGAGCGACUACCUGCGCCACAGCCGUGCAAUAUUUUGCCGUAUCUAUAGCUACACUCAAUGCCUACGUGCAACGAGAACGAGUUAUUUCCCUACUGCGCAUAGCUCAUGAUGACCUUCAGCGCUUUCUGGUCGAGGCUGAUGAACAGGAACUGACGAUGCUUCACUCGACUCAGAGCUACAUAAGCACCAUAACGCUAAUGCUAUUGGUUCCCUCGGUAGCCGCAGGUCUACUGGCCUGGCUGGACUGUAUCUUUCGAACUAUUUUCUACCCGGAGUCCGUUUUCAAUGUGCCUGCCGUUGUACGGGGUGAAGCGAAACCAAUUUUAUUGUUUCAGCUAUAUCCUUUCGGGGAAGUGAUUGAUAAUUUUCUUGUUGGCUAUCUCGGCCCUUGGGGUGCGCUCUUUCUGGGCGUUAGUACCAUACCGUUAUGGCACACUUUUGUCACCGCUCUGAUGAAAUAUAUCACUUUGAGGCUAGAAAUCCUCAAUAGACGAGUGCAGAGAAUGGAUAUUUCUCGCAUUAGUCGAUCAAAGUCACAUACGGAACUAACAUCUGACGAGGUGAACCGCUUGCGGUUGCAGCUGUGCACUUCCUUCAUAAAGGAAGAGUUGAAGAUACUACAGUUUGUGCGGGAACUGGAAAUUCUUAUAUGCGUACCAGUGAUGGCGGAUUUCAUUAUAUUUUCUGUUCUAAUUUGCUUUCUAUUCUGUGCGCUGACUCUUGGUAGCCCAAGCAAAAUUGACUGCUUUUUCAUAUUCUUGUAUAUAUUCGUAAUGGCUUCGAUACUAUGGGUCUACCAUUGGCAUGCAACUCUUAUAGUAGAAUGGCACAGUGCCCUGGGUUUUGGUUACUAUGCUAGCAAUUGGUACGAUUUCAGCCUUUCGGUACAGCGGAUGCUUCUUUUGAUUAUCACCCAUGCUCAGCGUCCGUUACAAAUGCGAGCUCUACUUGUAGAGUUAAAUCUACGGACAUUUAUAGAUAUUGUGCGUGGUGCGUACAGCUACUUCAACAUACUGCGCAGCUCUCGGUAG